AGAGAUGUAUUGACAGUGGUCUUUAACAAUGCACCUAUAGCCUUGCGAGUCUCUAUCCGUCCCUGCUAUGCUCGACCACCUCCCCUCCUCCCACUUCCCCUACGUCCCCCGCCAGCCCUUCUACGUCGACCCCUUCCUCCACGAUAAGCUGCCCCCACGUCAAUCCCUCUCCCCGGACAACGACGGGCCCUUUGCGUUCACCACCCCCCGUGAUAUCAACAGGCCAUCCUACCCCCGCCCGCUCUCCAACUCGCCUACCCUGUCCCCUCCGCCCCUUUCUGCGUCUUCUUCGGGGACCAUCCCCAACGCCGACCACCACCACCACUAUCAGUAUGACCACCGCACUGAUUUCUCCACCCCAGACUACGAGCCUAAUCAGCUCUCUCAGUCCGAGUGCCCCAUGGACGCUGCCAGACUGCCCUCUAUUUUAACUGGCGCAUUUACCGUUUCCCCCAUUGCGUCGCCCUCCCAGCUUGUCCAUCCGCAAAGCGCACACCCGCAGUCCCGGUUUUCCUUUGACCAGCAGCCGUCCAUCGACCGCCGCCUGAGCGAACCUGCCAUUCGCUCCCUGUACACUACCACCCCCCACCAUUCCCUGUCAAAUCAAUUACCCCCCCUCCAUCAGAGCGCUGCUUCAAAUGACCAAGCCGCCUUUGGCUAUUCUUCCAGCCCGUCAAGCGUCAGUACCGUCGUUCCCGCUACCCCGCUUUCCCCGCGUCCGUCCUCCUCCCACACUCAUGUCUCGUCUUCUCUUUCCUACUCCACUUCUUUCCCCUAUCAUCACCAACGCGUUCCAAGCGACGGCUCGACUGCUUCCUUUGGCGAUCCUUGGGCUCCUCCGACCGCUAAAUACCAGACUGCUUUUAAUGAAGCCGGUGCAAUCGUCCUGGACUCGUACGAGAAUGACCGUCAGGUGGACGAUCUCUCACCCACCGAUGAGGCGUUCAAUCUCACCGCCAACGAGGAGGGUGAGCGCGAAGAAUUUGCUGAGGAGAGCGAGAAUGGCUCCGAUAAAGCAGGCGAGAGAGGAAAUGCAGGAGGCGCAGAGAGGACUCAGGGCGAAGGAAAAGAUAAAAAGACGUAUUCGUUUGUCAGUCUGCCUGGGAACGCGGUCAAGAAACGUCCCAGGAGGAGAUACGAUGAAAUUGAGCGAUUGUAUCAGUGCAAUUUCCCGAAUUGCACAAAGGCGUAUGGGACCUUGAACCACCUGAACGCACAUGUCACGAUGCAGAAACAUGGCGCAAAGAGGAGUCCUGGUGAGUUCAAAGAACUACGGAAACAGUGGCGUCAACAAAAGAAGGAACAAGACGAAGCCGAACGUCAACGCGAACGCGAAGCCAGAGCCCAACGCGCCAUGAUGAUGUCUUCAUCUCCCUCGCAUCAUCCUCAUCACAUGCACCAUCCUCAUCACCCUCAUUCCAUCUCCGCCCACUCAUCGCUUCCCUCUUUGGCCCACGCCCCACACGGACACCCGCUUUCUGGGCAUCCGAUAUUUCCGAACGCGAGUCCGUUUUCGCCUCAUCGAUUACAAGCGGGUGGGGGUAUAUACGCUAAUCAUCCUAGUCAGAGGAUGAGGAUGGAGAUGCAGGGGGUGAAUACGAGCCCGGUUAGGUUGUUUUCUGCGCCUGUGGGGACUCCUUACCAUCAACAACAACACCCAUCUCAAAUACCACCGCAAUCGCAGCAGCAGCAAGGACAGAGUCAACAGAUGUCGAUGUCUCCGCCUAAUUUUGCUAUGGGACAUCCAGCUUCGUCUCAAGCACGACAUUCGGUUGAUUUGGGAUACCCUCCGACUCAGGGACAACAAGUAUUCCAAACACAUCCGUCGCAGCAACAGACGUUCCAAAGUAUGGAUGGUGCUGCUUUGUACCCGGGCGAUCCUCGUGCAGGGGGUAUGGGUGAUGGUGGUAUCGGUGGCGUUGGACAUCCGGGGUUGUUGAGGAGGAGUUCUAUGAGUGAUUUUUCGAAUCUGUCUGGAGGUGGAGGUGUAGGAGGUGUAGGACCGAUGAGACAGCAUCAGAGGACGAGGAGGAUAAGUUCGCAUCCUUAUGCGAAUAGUUCGAGUCCUUUGACGACUGAGCCGAGUAUUCCGUUGCCAACUUCCCAUCCUUCGCAUCCUGCAAAUCAGCAGCAGCAGCAGCAACAGCAACAGCAGGAGAGAGGCUUGUAUGGGUUCUCGGGUCUUGAAGGUCGAUUUGCGCUUCCGUCUCAACCGCAAUCCCAGCAGCAGCAGCAACAGCAACAGCAGAUGGUAGAAGGGUUCCGAUAUCCUCAUCCUCACCCCGGCCAGCACCCGUCUCAACAAUCCUCUCACCCUUCUCACCCUCACCCUUCGCAUUCCUCACAUCCGUCUCACCCGUCGCAACUUGAUGAAGAACUCGAAGACGAAGCGUCGUUUGCUCAUUAUUCGUCUUCCGGCGCGCAUCAGCAACAUUCACAGCAGGGAACGAGUACGACGAGACCGCCGCAGGGAGCGGGUGGGAUUGAUAUGGUCUCGCCUUCGCCGUUGGCUAGUGCGUCUGCUGCUUUCCACCAACACCAACAACAUCAACAACAACAGCAGCAGCAGCAGCAGCAGCAGCAGCAUCAAGCUCAAGUUCAGGGACAAGGACAGCAGGGACAACAGGGACAGCAGCAGGGGCAAGAUCCGUUGAUGAUGCCUCAGCCGAGUAACUCGUUCUCCUUUAGUCUUCCAGAUCCCCAUUCCCAACAUUCCCAACAUGAGCAAGGCCCUCCUUCGUCAACAGAAGAUAAUACGCCGAAUCGACUCGGAAGUAGUCGUAGUGGGCAUGGGGAGGAACCGUUGUUGACUUCUCAUGUGUCGUUGGGGUCCAAUCGGUUGCCGCCGAAUAGUACGCUCUUGACGGCUUUGCCUGGGUUUGAGAGUCCCGGGGAUGGGCAUGGGGGCGGUGUGCUUGUGGAGUAUGCAGGUGGGGGAGGGGGAGGGGGAAGUCGGCCGGGGACGGGGAGGAGUGAUGGGAGUGUUAAUACUGCUGGUGCUGCUGGCGCGGGUGGGGUGGAGGAUGGGUAUGCGGUGGCUAGGAGGUAUAGUGUUGCUGCGAGUGUGGGUGGAUGGAGGGAGAAUGAAGAUUUCUAGGUUGGAGUUUGGAGGAGGUUUUUUUUCUGUGUUUUUCAACGUGAGUUUUUUGCUUUCUGUGCUUCCCUUUUUGUUUGUUUGUUGAUUGAUGUUGAUUUUUUUUUGGCUAGUUCAAUGUGUGCUCGUUAUACCAACAUAUCCUAGCUUCCACCGAUUUCUCCAGUUUCUCUCAAGUUGGACUUCUUCUUUAUCCUGGACUCGAGUUCUCUCUCGCCCCGUUUACGUCUCCGUCUCCCGUCUAUUCGGCCUACUUCCUACUUUACGGAACUUCUCAAUUCUCAAUCUACCUCUCUCUCUCUCUCAUUCGCUCUCACUCUUGUCUCCAUCCUCCAGCCUCCAGCCUCAAUUCUCUAUUCUCUAUUCUCAAGCCUCUUGUCGUCCAUAUCCUUCCUACCCUAAACUAUCUCUAUCCUACCUCACUACCCUACCCUACUGGCGCUACUACUCGCUCUCCAACGUGAGCGUGCUGUAUAUACUUUUUUUCUUUCCUUUUCGGGUGCGCCGAAUUUGUACUAUUGCUGUACAUUAUCCCCUCAAUGACUUCGUCUCUCGCCCCUCACCUCCCCCCACCCCCUCGAUCCGCGUUUCGACGGUUCACCUUUACACCUUCCGUCGACCAUCGACCCUCGACCCUCCGCCCUCCGCCUUGCUAUUUACGCCCAACUAGUCACUCUCCCAUGUUUCCUCCGUCUUGUCUCAUUGAUUGUACUCACAUCCCUCCUGCCUUCUACGCGCAAUUCUUCCCGUCGACACACCUCCUCUGUGCCAUAUUAUAACUUACUACUACCCUACAAUUCCUCGCCCCUGCUCGGUUCCUUUGUUAUAUAUAUAUACACACACACAUAACGUGGAUGGGAUGGAUCGUUUGCAGGUAGUUUCGUCUUCAGUUUUACAUUAUUGUUCUUUGAUCUUUGGCGAAAAGCGUCUUUCGUUGUAUAUACUUUACGCUGCUUUGACUAACUUUGGGUUAUAACAUAGUCACUUUAGUUUC